AACUCCCUCUUCCAUAAUCAUAAACAUCGCUACUUGAACAACAGCAAAUCAACAAUGGCAAAAGCCCUUAAAGCCACCUUGUAUCUUUUCUUAUUAGCUGUCACUCUCUCGCCAUGUGCCAACUCAGCAAGAAUUCUUGAUGAUGUGGAACCAGAAAAUCCAUUCAUUGUGGACCCACCUGCCACAUCAACUAUCCCUCCUCCUUCUGCUGCUACUACUAUGCCAAGUGGCCAAUUUCCUGCCGCUGCUACUGUCGCUCCCAUUUCCACAGUGGACACAGACGCUGACCCACCUCUACCUGAGGCUGAAGUCCCUGCUACCGUGGCAACACCUGAUGAUGAUGCGGCACCUAUAGUUCCUCCUGCUACAGUGGCUGCUCCAAUUCCUGUUCCUACCACUAUCACCACAUCUCCGAGUGGACCCUCCUCCACUGUGGCUACAACUGCCACCGUGGCGAAUCCUACUAGCACCACCGCAGCCCCUCCAUUGUCUUUCUUUAUGCAUGACAUCUUAGGAGGAUCUCAACCAUCAGUCAGAGUAGUCACAGGAAUCAUUGCUCGGACCGACAUAAACGGCAUUCCAUUUUCAGUACCCAACAACAACUUCUUCCCACUCCAAGGAGGAACUCCAUUACCAAACCUUAACAACCUCAACAACCUCAUAAACCCAAACACUGCUCCAUUAAUCACAGGUCUAAACCCAGGACAAGCCAACACUGUACUCCAAAACAGUGCCAACAACAACAAUGUUGUCAAUGGCAACAGUCAACCCUUUGUCACCGCUGGCCAGCUUCCAGCAGGGUCAAUACAAAAACUAAUGUUCGGGUCGAUCACAGUCAUAGAUGAUGAGUUAACAGAAGGACAUGAGUUGGGGUCAGCUGUAUUGGGCAAGGCACAAGGGUUCUACUUAGCUAGCUCAUUGGAUGGUACCAGCCAUACCAUGGCCUUUAGUAUUAUAUUACAUAAUGGAGAUGCUCACCAUGAUGCUGUUGGAGAUACUAUUAGUUUCUUUGGAGUACACAGGACUGCAUCACCGGAGUCACAGAUUGCAGUGAUUGGUGGUACCGGAAAGUAUGAGAAUGCAAAAGGGUAUGCCACUGUUGAGACUAUUCCUCAAGUGGAUCAGCACACCACUGACGGUGUUGAUACAGUAAUGCAUUUCACUGUUUACCUCUCCGAGUAAUUUCUAUGUAUGUGUAUGUCUGUCUUUCUAGCACUGUGCACGUAUGGACAUUUCUGCAAUGAAUAUUUGAUGUUUCUUUGACGAAGAAGGAAAUUCAAUUAGAAUGAGAAAUGCUUUGUGUAUUAA